UCUCGCUUCUUCUCUUCUCUAAUCUCUAGUUUUCUACUAGGAAGUUUGUUACCGGCGGCGAUUGAUCGUAACAGAUUCUCGCCGGAGAAUUGGUUUUGGGGAACUGGAAUCAUUUUCCUUUGGUGUGAAAGAAGAUGAAGAUAAUUGUAAAAACUUUGAAGGGGACUCGCUUCGAGAUCGAAGUUAAACCCAACGAUUCGGUUGCUGAAGUGAAGAAGAACAUAGAGACUGUUCUGGGAGCUAGUGAAUAUCCUGCUGCACAACAAAUUCUUAUUCAUAAAGGGAAAAAGCUUAGAGAUGAAACAACAAUGGAAGCCAACAAAGUUUUUGAGAAAAGUGUUAUUGCCAUUAUGAUAACCAAGGGAUGUCUAGAAGAGAUGGAGAAGCAGCCUCCUUCAAACCAAGACCUUGUAGACUGGGACACGGCGAUGAUCUUAUGCUCUAUCCACCACGAGCCCACUGAAGAAAUAGAUGGACACAGUGGUAACGAAUUGGCACAACCUGAAGAGGACUUGUUGCAACUCCAAGUCACAGCUGCGGAUAAUGAAGCAAUCAAACGGCUUGAAGCGAUGGGAUUCGAGAGAAGGUUGGUGUUGGAGGCGUUCUUCGCUUGCAACAAGAACGAACAGUUGGCUGCAAACUAUCUUCUCGAUCACAUCCAAUAAUAACAUCCACUCUAAAUCAAACUUGAGUGUUUUUUCUUCUGGGGUCCUAAAGUGGUUACAUGUUAUGGAGACUCAAAUGUCUUGUUAUGGUUACUUUUUGCUGUUGUACACAGUUGGGGUGAUUGAUUUGUAAUUGUACCUACCUUUCGUUACAAAACUGAGUUUUAUAUAUAACUCACUAUAAUCAUUUCCAAAAACACUACGAAUUCAAGAUUUUUGGUUGAUGCUUUAUAUCUAAUUCAUAUAUAUAUAAACUUGUAGUGGCUAAGAAUAAACAAGUUCUUGUAUG